AUGGAAGCACCCCUACCCGAAGGAUGGAUCUCCCAGUUCGACUCCACCCACAAGCGUAACUUCUAUGUCUACACAGCAACAGGCAAAACGCAAUGGGAACACCCCGCCGCAGGGAACCCUCCUCCCCCAUACUCAGCAGCAUCAGGACCAACCCCUCCCGUAACCACCUCGACACCAUUACCUACAGCCAUCCCCGUCCCCGUCACCACCUCAGCUUCCCCUGCAACAACCGACAGGGGCUUCCCCCAUAUCCCUGGUAUGCCUCAUAUCCCCGGUAUGCCUAGUAUGCCCGGUAUGCCUGGCGCUGCACCUCAUAACCCCUAUGGACAUGCUGCCCCGCCCCCCGGUGCCUAUGGAGCCGCUCCUUCUCCCUAUGGCGCUCCCUCCCCUUAUGGCGCUCCUUCUCCCUAUGGUGCUCCCUCCCCCUAUGGCGCUGCACCUUCUCCCUAUGGCGCUGCCCCUUCUCCUUACGGCGCACCACCACCACACGGUGCUCCUUAUGGAGCCGACCCCUAUGGCGCACAUGCUCCUUACCCUGCCUACCCACCCAGCCCCUAUGGAGCGCACCCUCCCCCAGCAGCAGCCGGAUACCCCGGAGCUCAUUCUCCUUAUGGCGCACCACCAGCAGCCGCCUAUGGAGCUCAUCACCCACCUGCCGCGUCCAGCCACGGCAUGCCAAUGGGCGGACUUGCGGCCGGAGGAUUGGCCGUCGGCGCUGCAGCCCUUGUUGGAGGUCUCCUUGUAGGCAAGUCCCACCACGGCAGUCAUCAUGGUGGUGGUGGAUUUAUGCAUGCCGCCCCCGUUGCCCAUGUGAUGCCCUAUGGACAACAUGGAGGACACCACGGACACCAUGGAAAGCACUUUAAGCACAAUAAGCAUUAUAAGCAUAACAAGCACCACUAUGGCGGAUAUGGAGGACACCACGGACACAAGCACCACAAGCACCAUGUAAGUCUUUUUUUUUGUUUUUGUUUUUGUUUUGUUUUUGUUUUGUUUUUGUAG